UUUACAUGUUGGUAUUGUAAUUUGAAUACCCUUCUAGCGGCACGCUUCAUCUUCUGAUUCAUUUGGGAGCUACAUUGGUGGAUUGGCGGGAGACUGGAACGUAUCAAACGUUCUCCCACGUCUUGACCAUCCUCCGAGUGUGAACACCCAUCAUGGACGGCGCACCACCACCAGAGGAGGACUUUUCUCAAAUACCCAUUCCAGAAAGGAGUCAACACAAAAAUUGGAAGGCGAGGCUAUCAGCCUAUAACGAUGUGAUUGCAAAGGCGGCCAAGACAGCCUCAGAUACCGAUCCGUUCUUUAGACCAUUCGUUUCAGAUGGAUCAUUACUGAAGACAUGGUGUACAGAUGCAAAUGCUGUAGCUCAGGAGAAGGGUAUAGAAGCGGUUCUUGCGAUCGUGCAAUACAGUGGGGAGAGCAGUGCGAGGACCCGGUCGGAUGUCGUCCCGAGCUUGGUGGAGAAGUCUCUAGGUGCCAGUCGUGCUGGAACCAAGCGGAAAGGAAUGGAUCUGUGUGGGAUGUACGUCGAGGUGGAGAAUACAGGGGAUGGGGUAAUCGGCGACAUACUCCCUGGUCUCGAUGCCAAACAGCCAAAAGUCGUGGCAGGCUGUGUAGCUUGCCUCAAGGAGCUCGUCGAAUCAUUCGGCGGCCCGUCAGUCGGAAAUAUCAAGCCCAUCCUGAAAUCCCUCUCUAAAAUCUUCGGUCACACUGACAAGACUGUUCGAGAAGAAGCGACCGCACUGGCAGUGGCGCUCUACUUAUUUCUGGGACCAGCAUUGCAGCCAUCUUUAGCCGAUCUCAAGCCCGUCCAAUUGACAGAGCUGCAAAAAUCGUUUGAUUCGUUGGACGCUGCGGGCAAAGGAGCUGGAACAGGCCGUCCAACCAGAUUCACUCGGAAAGUCCAGAGAGAUCGGGAUGCGGCGGAUGCAUCAGGAGGCGGAGGGGAUGCAAACGAGCAGAAUGAAGCGGAGGCUGUAUCCGUUGAUCCCAAGUCAUUCCUCGAUCCUGUCAACGUCUUGUCAUUAUUCCCCUCGGAUUUGGAUGAGCGGCUCUCUUCUAGCAAAUGGAAAGAUCGUGUGGAAGUCUUGGAAGAGUGCAACAAAGUACUGGCGCAACCUGCCAAUGCGAGGAUCUCAGAGUCGAAUGUCGACUCUUAUGGCUCCCUAGUGACGACGCUGGGGUCGAAGUGUAAAUCGGACGCCAACAUAAAUGUGGUCAUCGAAGCGGCCAAGCUCAUCGAGGGAUUGGCGAACGGGAUCGGCAAACCUUUUGGCAGAUUCCGAGGCUCGGCGAUGCCUAACAUGUUCGAAAGGUUGAAGGAGCGUAAGCAGAAUGUGGUAGAUGCCUUGGGCAAAGCACUGGAUGCUAUGUUUGCCACUGUGCCGAUUUCCGACAUGAUCGAUGAUGUGCUCGUCGCACUCAAAUCGAAGAAUCCUCAAGUGCGAGAGAACGCCCUCAAAUUCCUCCACCGGUCCCUGUCUACCACGACGACUGCUCCCUCCAAGGACCAGAUUCAACCUAUCGCUCAGAAUCUUGUCACUCUGUUGGGUGACUCUACCGAACCAGUCAGGGCCAGCGCUGCGGAUUGCUUAGGCACCAUGAUGAAGAUCGUCGGGGAACGAGCUUUCAAUCCUUACAUCGAGAACGUCCAAGAACUACAAUUGACAAAGGUCAAGGACGCGUUUGCAAAGGCAGAGAUUAAGUACAAAGCGGCAGGCGCCGCGAAGGCUCCGGCAGCUAGACCAGCAGCUGGGGGACCAAAGCCAUCGGUGGUGAAGAAGGCUCCUGCUCCUGCACCUGCACCUGCUCCGGCGGCUUCGAGUGAAUUGCUCGAUGACUUUGCGCCUCCUGCGCGCGCUCCCCCUGCGCGAUUCGCCCGGCCAGCUCAGCCGAAGUCUGAUUCUACUACCGCCGCUGCUGCACCUCCCUCUUCUCCGCCUAAAGCUGCUCCUGCUCGGCCAGUCCCCGCGAAACGGCCUGCACCGGUUACUGCUAAUGCCAAAGCCGCGCCGGCCGCUAAGGCGGGACCGUCAAAAACCCUUGCGAUCUCUCCGUCCGAGCCUGUCAAAUUUAAGAUGUCCCCAGAGGAUGCAGCUGCAAGAGCUGCUGAUGACAUCCCUUCCAAUUUCCACACUCAGCUUGCCGAUCCAGCUUGGAAGGUCAGGCUGGAGGCCGCAGAGGAGAUGAUCAAAUGGGCUGAAGAAGGAGGAGCAGAGAAGGUCGACAGCGAAGUGCUUAUGCGCUUCUUGGCCAAGACCCCCGGUUGGGGGGAGAAAAACUUUCAAGUCUCGGCAAAGAUCUACCAAAUCAUGUGUGUCAUGGCAGAAAAGAGUCCUUCAUUUGGAAGGCCAGCUAUCGCCUUGUCGGUCGGACAUCUGUCUGAAAAGCUUGGCGACAUGAAGUUGAAGAAGCCCGCGGGAGAUGCUCUGACGAUAUACGCGGAAAAGACAUCGCUGGCGUUUGUCCUCGCUCAAGCCUAUGAGCCCAUGCUCAAGCAAAAGGCACCGAAGGCUCAAGCAGACGCUUUGACCUGGAUCAAACAACAGCUCACCGAAUUUGGGAUUGCUGGUAUCCCCCUUCGGGACCUGAUCUCCUUUGUCAAAAAGGGUCUUCAAAACCCCAAUGCCAUGGUACGAUCUAGCGCGACUCAAGUACUCGUUACUAUCCGAGUGUUUGUUGGUGCAGAUAUCAGCGGAUUCUUGGAAGAUCUCAACCCCCAACUCUUGUCGACUAUCAACGGCGAGUUCGACAAGGUCGCCGGUCAGACGCCACCAGAGCCUACGAGGACGAGUGCAGAUCUACAAGAUGCCACUGGCGGAGGCAAGGGCGGUGGAAAAUCCGGUGGUGCCGAUCCAUUGGACGAUCUGAUCCCUCGUGUGGACCUCGACAAGCUCGUCUCCCAAACGUCCGUGGUUGCCGACUCAAAGAGCGAGGCUUGGAAAGUCAGGAAAGAUGCCUUUGAGGCCUUGCAUGCCCUUCUGGAGGUCAAAUCGAAUGGGAGACUGAAGCCGAAUAUGGGCGAGAUCGCUCCCGUACUCAAGCGCGCAAUGGUCGACACGAACCUCUCAGUCAAAAUGCUGGCGCUCGGAAUAAUCUCCAAGAUUGCCAUCGGCAUGGGUCCUGCCUUUGAGAAGCAUGCCAGAUUCCUCGUGGCACCUGUCGCUGGUGUGUGCGCUGAUAACAAAGCCACUACACGAGCAGCUGGUGUCGCCACGCUCAAUGCGAUGGCUGAUGGCUGUGACAGCUUAAACCCGAUGUAUGCGGGUCUCGCGACUGCACUGGAGACGAACAACCCUUCAUUACGGGCGUCAGUGCUCAGCUGGAUGGGCGAGAGAUUAGCAGCUAGUCCUCCUGACAAGGGCGCAGAUCUUGCCCCCCUCGCUGCGCCUAGCAUUGCGUGUCUGGAGGAUCGAACAGCAGAUGUUCGGAAAGCCGCUGGGCUUGUUCUACCUCAUGUCGUCGCGAAUGCAGGGUACGACUUUGUCAUGGAUCAAACUACGAAUCUGAAGCCAGCGUCGAAAUCGACCAUUGUCCCUCUCAUCAACAAUGCUCGUUCGGCGGGCGGACCAUCUACGUCUGCAUCUGCUGCUUCUAGCAAGACACCUGCUCCUGCUUCACCUGUAUCCAAGGUCAAGGCACCAGCUCGACCUAAUGGCUUUGGCAGUCCGAAGCCUGCCCCUGGCAGGUCCAUCGCCGCACCUUCUCGCCCUGCGGGACUCAAACCAACAGGACUUGCUGCUCGACCGGCAACGGCGACGACCGAAGACCGUGCGACCGGCAUCGCUCGGCCCAGAACCCUGGCUCGACCCACUCCUUUGGCUCAACCUGCUGAACUUGCACCGCCUGCAAUGGGCGAUUCAGACCGCGCUUUGCCCUUCGUCUCUGCGUCAAUGGAUUCCCGUGCUCAUCGCUUGAAGAAGGAUACUGUCAGGUGGAUUCUUGAGGCAUCACCCAAGCCCGAUUUGGCAGAAUACCUGGCUUUACAAAUGGAGCAGGUUGUUUCACCAGAUCUGUUUACCGCGUUGUUCAGCAAAGAUCACCGAGCUGAGGAGGAUUUCAUGGCGGGACUGGCGGUCUUCGCGGACUUUUACUCGGAUGCAGCAGCUUCGACUUUCGGUCUCAGCGACGAGGAGGCAGCCGUGAUGCAGUUGGCCAACGUCGAUUUGGUAUUGAAGUAUGCUGCUCUCAAAUUGCUGGCAAACAAUACCCAGCUCGGUGUUCGGUGUCUCGAAGUCAUCUCCAACGUCAUCGAUACAUUGGCGCGGCACAAUGAGCGGUUCUCAGAUACUGAAGCCAAGCUUUGGGUCCCUGCUCUGAUCAUCAAGCUCGGCGACUCCAAAUUCGGCGCAAAGCUGGCACCCAUCUUUGAACAUUUGGACAAGGUCAUCGCUUCUUCCCAGGUCGUCCAGUUGCUCGUGGUCUACGGUAUCGACGACAAAUCGGCCGGCAAGACAUGCAAGAACGAGUCUUUGACUUUGAUCGAGCGGACAUAUCGGAAGCGAGGAUCGAUCCUUCGCACGAGAGAUGAUCGAGGAUUCUACGAGUCGGUCGCAAGGUGCAUCUCGGAUGGCGGUACACGGAACGCUGCGUUGAGCUUGAUGGCUCUGUUGCAGCUUCAAGGUGGCUCCGCAAGUCUCCAGGCUGUCAUCGAUGCCAUGCCUCAAUCGUCAAAAGAUAUGCUGGAUAAUCGGAAGAAUACCAUGGCUUCGACGAAGCCCGUCUUGGCUGUCUCUGCUUUGCCGAGGUCCAUGGCGGCCGCAACGGACUCUCCGGCCCGCAAACGAUCGCUCAUGCAACCCAGCGCUGGUCUGGCAAAGACUCCUCGCGCCGUGAUGCCGCAGGGGGAGAGCUCGCCUAUCUCUAGAGGUAUUCCCAGAGCGGUUGCCUCCCCAGCUGGUCGCGAAUCUCCUUCUGCCAUUCGUUCAGAUCCUAGAGUAUCGCAGGCCCCUCGGACUGGUGCGACUGGUCCGCUGAGGAUACAUGGUGAGAGUGAUAUCUUCGGUGCUGGACCCUCCAGGCCGGCGGUACACGCACCGAGUCGAAGUAUCGCGACGGCACCAUUACCCACCCGCCACUUGGCCGACUCUGGUGACACUGUGAUCUCCGCCAUCAACGAUAUCCGGAACGAAGAUCCAGAUCGGUCUGUGGAUGCCCUCAAAGUCAUCCAAAGCAUGCUGGGCUCUCAACCUGAUAUAUUCAUGGACAACAUCCAGUCCCUGGUGGAUGCGUUGCUCGAUGAGCUGGACAGGGCAUUCACUCCUUUGCAGAAUCUACACGACUCUCAUUUCUUCCGAUUGGUCAAGCAUAUCCUGCAGACCUUUAAUGCGUUCUCUACGAAUCAAGAAUUGGUCCGACGAUUAAACUAUGACGAUGUCUAUUCCAUUCUGUCUACUCUGACCCUUCACAUGGUCCAGGCUGAUCCGAUGGGCGGGAACAUUCAAGAACUCACACGAUUCAUCAACAUGCUUCUCAUUCAACUGCUCGCUGCCCCAGAACGCAAAGUCGUGUUCAAAGCCAUGUUCACCUUGCUCCUUGACCUCACACGAGACUUUGGCGUCAAUCGCACACCGCCAGAAGCUGAAGCUGCGGCCCACGCGGACCUCGUCAUCAAGUGUCUCUGGAAACGAUGCAAGAUUCUAGACGAUGAUUUGAAAAAUGGCCGUAUGGCCGCUGGGACCCUACUAGGGAUAUUGGAGGAAUUCAUGCAGGCUAUCCCGCCGGCAGAAUAUAGACGGAGAGGAAUGGAGGGUGUUGCAUUGGGCGAGAUGCCCCUGAGAACGGUAAAGGCGGUGAUUCAAAAGAUUGUUUUCUACGCGAAAGAGUCCGGGCAGGAGAUUUAUGAUAUCUUAUUGAUUCAAUUUGGAGACAGGGCAUCUGAUACCAUGAUUUAUCCUUAUGUCUUCCGCUUGGCUGGCCUAGAAGCGAAUCGUCCUACUGCGAAUGCUGGCGCGCAAAACGGAUCACGGCCGGCAAGUGUCGUUGGACAAGGCCGCGUGGUUUCUGGAUCGAGCGGUUCUGAGCCUGGUUCUUCGUCGCCUACAAAAUUUGACUCUGAGGCUGAGCGAUUGGUCCGGAACAUUCACGUCGGACAGCAGGAGAAGCGCAUUGACGAGCUGUACCAAUUCAUCCAAGCUGCUCCCGGUAAUGAGGCCGAAGUCCAAGCGGCUAUGACCAGCCUCUUGUCUUUGCCUGUGGCGACCUUUAUACGGCGAGCAUUGGCAUCGCGAGGCGUAGGAGAUGAGGCUCAGUCCCCGUCUCACAGCGACAAGUCAUCAUCGAAAUCUCCUCCUACUCGCCCUGACUCUCACCAUUCCCGUGCAGCCAAGUCUGGGAUGACCAACGGCGCCCGCCCGACAUCCUUGAACGUUGACAAGGGUGCAUCGACGGAAGAUCAAUUGGCUCAGUACAAAAACUUUUUUAAUCGGGCGCCUGGAGUGGCGGGAUCUCUCUCUGGCAGUUUGAACUCGAGACGGCAUAAUCCAUCGGGAUUGGAGAAUGAUGGCGAGAGAUUAGAGAGGACCGGCGUGCCAUUGAAUGAGAUUGCACCUCCGCAGCAGAGGAUGAUCUGAGUAAUGCAGUAGAAUUGUGGUAAUGGCCCGUGAAUGGAAUGUACGACGACACCUUGAUCAUUGG